CUAGCCCUGAGAUCACAUAUUAGUCAGGGUGAAUCAAAGCGGGAUAUCAUUACGACAGAAUCUGAAAGGAGAAAAUAUCAGCCGGGAAGAGAGACCAUGUCUGGGGAUCCGUAUCUUGGACGCGUAAUCACGGCCUUCGAAGGUGGCAUAACCACGCGGGUCAUCACCCAUCCGUCUCAUCCUGAUCGCAUCUUCGCAUACGAAGUGACUUUUCUCCUACAGCACCCACGCGUUGUCGCUGUCGCAGCGCAGAAACCGCCAUUACACUUUCAUCCUCACCAGGAUGAAUACCUUCAAGUGCUUGAAGGACGCCUUGCUGUUGAGAUCGAAGGGAAAGAGCGUGUGCUAGUUCCCGAAGAUGGAGAAGUGAAAUUUCCUCCAUGGACAAACCAUAGGUUGUAUUCGCCGGUUUCUGGAGGUGCAGAUGAUGACCUAAAGGUGACGAAGUUUUUGCUUUCGGCGGAGAGUACACCCGAGUUAUUCAGGCUCGACACGGUCUUUUUCGAAAAUUGGUAUGCAUAUCAAGAUCAGAUCGUCGUGAAGGGCGAUAAGAUCGAUUUAAUACAGGUUAUGAGUACAUUUGACGCGGGCGGUUCCUAUCUUUCGCUUCCACCUUGGAUACCAUUUAGUAAAACAUCAGCAAGAGCAUUGGGAAUUGUGGUAGGUAGAUGGUUGGGAGGCAUCUUGGGAUAUCAACCGUUCUAUCGGAAGUGGACGACAGAUUGGCAAUCGGCGUGUCACAAAAUGGAAAUGUCUGUAUUCCAGAGACGAUUUGCAGAUCGAUCUAAGGUAGAUUGAACAAGCUUUUUGUUAUAUAGAUUGAGUAAUUGCCGUGCCGCAAAGCGACAUUUAUUUAUGUUGAUUCGCUGUAUAUACGACGUACAAUUACUGUUCCUGUCCGUGAAUGAAACGUCGGAUCCGUAGAUAUGGAAUUGAGCCGCCAAAUGUUUCAUUAAAUCCAAGCAUGAGAUCUUCCAAUGCAACUCCAAAUAUUCACUCUUAGUCAUGUCAAUUAAAUGUUCUCCGCCAACGCAGUAUUUUCUUUCGAGAUCUUUGCCCACUCGGCGCUCUUGACCCACACC